AGUCGUACAACAAACCUUGUUUAAAACAUUGAUCAACACUAAUAACAAAUCUGAUACCUUAAACUCUAUUCAGGACGUGUUGAGUUUUAACAACAAAUCGAAAGUUGCUCUGGUUCGACUGGUUUUCAUCUGAGUGGUUGUUGAUUGUGAAAACUAAUAGCAUUCAGGUAAAUAAGGAGUAGAAAAGGAGCCGGAACAAGAUAAGGCACCAAAGACUUGUCCUUAUGGAAAGGCUAUCUCCUAUAGUUCAAGUGGUCCAAAAUGAUCAUUGCCAAAUACGACCUGGUUCAACAGGGUUUAUCUCCUUAGCAACAAAACCGCGUAUGCCAAAAGUUCAAAAGUUGCGCUGGGAAAAAGACAAACGUUCCAUGGAAUGGUUGAAGAGAAUUAGACAGAUCAAUUCAACGUUGGCUCUUGACUCCCAGCCAGAGAUAGUCCUGGACCAAGAGCUCUUUCAUAACCCCAAAUUAACCAACGAAACGUUAAGGACAGAAAGCAGAAGUGAUACAACCGAUGGAAUUUUUCAUAGCGAGCCGUUUCUCUAUGAUCCAGAAAUUGCGGAUAAUUCUCAGGGUCGAAAACCAGACUCGGCCUAUAUAAGUCAAAUUAGCAAGUCUAUCUGCAUGUCGGCCAAUCCUAAAGGAAAUUGCGACGACUUUGAUGGUAACCUUACUUCUGUCAUGGGGUACUCUUCAAAAUACGAUCAAGUUCCCGAAAAAAACUCGUCGCCACCGGGCGGUUUUUUUGAAUCAGAAGACAACCAAAAAGCCAAACGAAAAACCAGUUUUGAGUACAUACAAGGAGUUAGCAUGCUUCAAUACGGACACAAUUCAGAGGAAUUUCGCAGAUGAAAGUCGCUCUUCGAUGCAUAAUUACAAGUGUUACAUAAAAUCUCGAAUUCUCAACCAGCAUGUAUGUCAAGCUUCCAAGCAAAAGCUUCAAUCCAGAGAGUGGAGAAACGCAUAUGAAGCGUUACGGUAUGUUUUCCUCUCAAUGAACAAAAGCCGAUUUAUAUCAAGAAGAACAUUUUUUAUCGCAGGCUACCAAGAGUGUCCUUAGGCUUGGGCCGCCUUCAUUUCUUACUUAUGAUGUAACCUGAGUUGCCUGGACACGAGAAAGGAGGAUGCAAAUGUUGAGACUAGGAUAAAGUAUUCGCUGAAAAUCGCGUGCCACUUGCAAAAAAAUAGGAAAGGACCCAUAUCGCUUGCCUACUUUAAGUCACAAUCAGAGGGGUGGAUAUUGCGACAUUUUUAUGUUGAACCACGGACAAGAGGCAUUUCAAUUUCAAAGAGAAAGUUAGCGAGAUCUUUGGAGAUAUGUCAAUUAUGAGACUUAGAGCGCCAUCGGACUUUGGCGGUC